GAAGGUAGGAGGGGCCAGGAGGCUGACGAACCCUUGAAGCCAACGCUGGGGUUAUAUAAGGGAUGAGUUCCUGGCAGGUCAACACAGAUCGACGCACCUCGACUAUUCCUCUCACAGCACCAUGAACUGCAUGUCGCUUGUGCUGGUUGUGAUGGUGAUCCUGACCGCCCUUAUGGGGUCCACCCGAGCCAUGCCGGACCCCUACCCUCUGGCUGGCGCUGAUCCUGACGCAGUGGCUGGCGCUGAUCCUGACGCAGUGGCUGGCGCUGACCCCUACCCAUUGGCUGACGCUGAUCCCGAUGCUGACCCGGAGGCCGACCCACACUGGAGACGCUUCGGCUUCGGCCGUGGCUAUGGUUACCGUGGAUUCGGCGGAUACGGUGGAUUCGGCGGAUACGGCUACUACCGUCGGCCUUUCUUCGGCCGCGGGUAUUAUGGUUACUAUGGAUAAAUCGUGAGGUGUGGCGGCGACCAUCCCAGACAGGACUUGCUCUCUCUCUCGCACAAACACCACAGGUCUCAAAGAAAUCAUUAAAAAACAAAAAAAAAACAAUCAUCAACACAUGAACAGAGUUCCACAGCUUUGACAACAAGAACCAUAACAGCUCCAGGCUGCAACUCUUCUAACUACCAAUCCAAGAGUUACCAGAGCCACUAACAACAACCUUCAGUGUGUUGAUCUACUGCUAAAAACCACCACCUCGUCUUCCAUCAAAUAAAAUUUAAUAAACUCUUCUUUUUAAAA